AUGGCUGAACCUACAGCAACUGCACCGCCCGCCGCUGAGGAGGAGAAGGGCCCUUCCAAGCGCGCGCUCGAGAAAGCCGCAAAGAAAGCGGCGGCAAAAGCCAAAAAAGCCGAGCAUGCUCUGCGUCCCAAGGAGCAAGCGAAACCUACUACAAAGAGCGAACCGACGAGCAUCUUCUCCGAAGGCUGGCUGAAGCGCAUCUACGAAGAGAAGCCCGUCCAAGACGUCCAGACCCGAUUCCCGCCCGAGCCCAAUGGCUACCUCCAUAUCGGACACGCCAAGGCUAUCGCUGUCGACUUCGGUUUUGCGAAGCAUCACAAUGGCAAGUGCAACCUACGUUACGACGAUACCAACCCGGAGAAGGAGGACGAAGUCUACUUCACUGCCAUCUUGGAUAUUGUCAAAUGGCUAGGCUUCGAGCCCUCCAAGAUCACAUACAGCAGCGACAACUUCGACAAGCUUUACGAGCUUGCAGAGCAACUCAUCAACAAGGACUGUGCCUAUGUGUGCCACUGCUCACGCGAGGAGAUCAACAACCAGCGUGGAGGACCCGACAAUCGAGGCAAGCGCUAUGGCUGCGCCCACCGCGACCGACCAAUCGAAGAGUCUAUUACCGAGUUUCGGGCGAUGCGCGAUGGCAAAUACCAGGCUGGGGAGGCUUUCUUGCGCAUGAAGCAGAAGCUCACAGACCCCGACGAGGGCAACCCCCAGAUGUGGGACCUGCCCGCGUACCGCGUUGUUAAGGAGAACCACCAUCACCGAACCGGUGACAAGUGGAGAAUCUACCCUACCUACGACUUUACACACUGUAUCUGCGAUGCGCUGGAGGGUGUUACUCAUUCGUUGUGUACGGUUGAGUUCCGUCAAUCGCGUGUCUCUUACGACUGGCUGCUGGAGAAGUUGGACAUGAAACUGCCCAAGUCAGACGAGAAGGGCCCUAUGCAAAGAGAGUUCGGACGUCUCAGUGUUGGCGGCACCAUCCUCUCGAAGCGACGCAUCCUCCAACUCGUCGAAGGCACAACCGUCGAAAAGAAGAACGCGGAUGGCACAGUGGAGACGCGCAAGAUACCAGGGGUGGUACGAGGAUGGGACGACCCCCGCUUGUUCACCAUGGUCGCUUUACGCCGCCGCGGUAUUCCAGCCAAGGCCAUGCUCAGCUUCGUCGACGAGCUCGGCGUCACAGAUGCACUCUCCGAGGUCGAACCUGCACGUUUCGAAGCCUCCAUCCGAAAACACCUCGAACGAACUGUGCCGCGUCAGAUGAUGGUGCUAGACCCCAUUAAAGUAGUCAUCGAAGACUUCGCAACUGAAGAUGAGCAAGAGAUGACCGUGCCGUACGAUCCUAAGGGUGCUAUACCCGGUGAGCGGAAGGUCAAGAUUGGUAGCGCGGUUUACAUAGACCGCAGCGACUUCAGAGAGGAGGACAGCGCCGAUUACUUCCGUCUGGCACCCAACAAGGCUGUUGGUCUAUACAACGUCCCUUUCGCGAUUCGUGCGACAUCAUUCUCCAAGGAUGAUAACGGUAACGUCACCGAGAUCAAGGCUACCAAGGUGCCCGGCACUGAGAAGCCCAAAGCCUACAUUCAGUGGGUCGAUGCUGCGACAGCCGUUCCGGUCACAGCGCGUCUGUACAGCUCCCUCUUCAAGACCGAAUCACCCAACACACUAGACUGGAAAACAGGUGGCUGGGCUGACGACCUGAACCCGAACUCGGAGAUCAUCCAUGACAAGGCUGUCAUCGAGCGGGGAAUCAAGGACCUCAUCAGCCAGACCUCCCUGGAUUUGAGCGGUUCGUCAGAUGCCCUUGUGCGCUUCCAGGCGCUGCGCACGGCUUACUUCUGUGUCGAUAUUGAUUCCACAGAGGAGAAAAUUGUGCUGAACCAGAUCGUCAGUCUGAGGGAGGACAAGGGAAAAUAG